CCCGCCGCCUCCGGUCACCUGAGCGGCCCUUCCGCGGCGGCGGGGCCGGGCCGAGCUGCUGCCAUGCGGAUCGAGAAGUGCUACUUCUGCUCGGGCCCGAUCUACCCGGGCCACGGCGUCAUGUUCGUGCGCAACGACUGCAAGAUAUUUAGAUUCUGCAAAUCAAAAUGCCACAGAAACUUUAAGAGGAAGCGAAAUCCCAGAAAGAUGAGAUGGACCAAAGCAUUCCGAAAAGCAGCUGGCAAAGAAUUGACAGUGGAUAAUUCAUUUGAGUUUGAAAAACGUAGAAAUGAACCAGUGAAAUACCAGAGAGAGUUGUGGAACAAGACUGUUGAUGCAAUGAAGAGAGUGGAAGAAAUAAAGCAAAAACGCCAAGCCAGGUUUAUUAUGAACAGAUUAAAGAAGAGCAAAGAGUUGCAGAAGGCAGAAGACAUCAAAGAAGUCAAACAGAAUAUUCACCUUCUUCGUGCUCCCCAUGCAGGCAAACCAAAACAACUGGAGGACAAAAUGGUGCAGAAACUACAAGAGGAGGUGCCUAUGGAAGAAGACUCUUAAAGUGCUUUCAUUUUCUAUUUAUAUCUGUUCAGCAGUUAACAGUUCCCUACUGCCUCACCUGACAUCAUUCAGAACUGUGCUUACAGUUGAAGAAAAAGACAUUUUAAUGAAUAGUGGUCAUUUACCAUUUGGAUUAUUUUUUGGUUUAUGAAAAAUAGUAAGUUGGAUACUGGUUUGGGCAGUUCUUAAAUUCGUGCAAUUUGAGAAAACCUUGUCAACAGAAUGGAGCAUGAGACAUUAUUGUUUGAGAUACUGUGUGCUCCUUGGAAAGUUACACUUUUUCCAGGUAAAUUUUCCCUCAUAAUUCAAGGAAUAAAAUAUGCUGACCUUGAACUUU